AUGGAAUGGAAUAUCAUCUGGAGUCUUUGCUUUGGCUUAUUGGCAGCUGCAGUUAUUUCUGGGAACAUAGUCACGAUCACAAUAUUCCUUAAAAGGCGACUUCGUAAACGUGCUUAUUUCCUUCUCAUUAGUUUGGCGGUGGCAGAUCUCUUAGUAGGAUUGCUGGCAAUUCCCCUUUACAUUGCACUUCAGUACGAAUACGACAACUUUGAAGACGACCAAAUCAUUGUUGCUGUCACUGAUUUCAUGGACAUGUUCACUGGCUUUACGUCCAUCUUUACUCUUGCCACAAUAUCAUUGGAGCGAAUGUAUGCUGUUGGUUGGCCUUUUCGUCACCGAACUCAGGGUUCGCGAUUCUAUAUCUUCGUCAUAUCAGUUCCAUGGAGGGUGACCCACCCCCUAAGGGUAGCUGAAAAUUGCACGACCCACCCCUUGCACAAGGCUCAAAACCUCAUGACCCACCCCCUCUCUGCUCCGGCCCACCCUCCUCUAUACUUUUUGACCAGUCCCUAUAUAUCCAUGGAUACGUCAAGAAGAUCACACGAAGUGCCCAUUUACUGUGGUAAGCUACAAUGGUGUUUAGGAGCCAAUCAUGAUGCUCUAUUUGACAGGAACACGUAACUGCAAAAUUUCUUCGCAGCUUUCAUUCGCGCCAAAUGACAAACUCGUUCUCCUUCGCGCCGGAAUGAAUAACUGUGGCUUUGAGACUGGAUAUGGUGGAAUUUCGGGCGAUACUGUGAAUAUUUUACGGAUUUCAAUUGAUUUCUCUACCUGUUUACUAGAUCGACUAUUUUAACAGCGGCUAAAACCAAAAUUAUUUUUAUUCUUGUUAAAAAUUCGAAUAUGCAGGGUGAUUUGCACAAUGGAGUUCUCUUUAACUGGCGAUACCAGACACGAGGAUGUAACGAACAUCAACCUGUACCGUCUAGACUACGAGUAGUCCCCAUUUUUUCUCAGAGACAGUAGAGAUAGCGAAACGCGAGCGCGCGUGAAAAUUACCCCACGCGUGUCACGGUAUACUAAAAUUAAACCCAAGUGUGAUGUACCGCGGGAAAAUUUACCACGGGAAAUGCCGUUUACCGUGCUGUGUGUAACCGCACCUAAUGUCUCAUUUCCAUUUUAACUGAAUUAGAAAGUAUGAAAUGACCAACUGAUACAGCUUGGCCAGCACUCAGUGUGACUGAAUAAAAUGGCUAAAAGCGAUAAAAAGUAAGGCAGAAACAAUUACGCGUGGAAGGAUUUUUCGCGUCGCCGCAGGGAGGAAACUUUUUUCCCUGCGGUGAAUAUCAUUCUCAGGUAGAGAAAAUACUUUGGAGUAUCGGCCAGACACUUUCUGUAAAUUGCUAUAACAUUAAAGUAGCUAAUUUGCAUAAACUUUCAGUACAGCCUUGAUGUCAUUGUUGAAGUUGAAACUGUGUUAAAGUUGAACUAUUUUCUGUCAGAAAUACUUGUAAUAGCCAAAUGAAUUUUCUUUUCUUUUUUACGUUUUUUGAUACAGUGGCAAACAAAGAGGAGUUGCCACAAAUUUUAUUCUUUUAACAAGUAAAUUGGUCAGUACCUUUACUUUGAUAGCAUUGAUCCUGGAUCAGGCACUACUUUUGCAAAAUAAUCUUUCAGCUCCAUGUAAUCAUUCUCAUUCUUUUAUGGAAUUGAUUUCUUAGUCAGUAAUCCAUACGAUACAAGUGAUAAGCCCUUAAAGCAAUGAAGAAAGAAAGAACUUGAUCAUGUUUAAUGUUUGCGCCUGAAUUUAUCGUUUCCGACGGCACACUUGUCACGUCUGACAGCGGUAUUUUAAGGUGGCCCGGAAAACCGUCUCUUAAAAGAGGAAGCAAAACGUCUUGGUCCAAGUAUAUGUGAUUAUUUUCUGACGGAUAGAAUGGUUAUCAUUCAUUAUAUGAAAAAACGAAAAUUUGCUUCUACACGGACACCCUCUUAAGACGUGAGCUUUUGAUCCCACCCCUCUUGUUAAAAAAUAAGUUAAAUACAGUUCAAACCCGUUCAAGCUAUGACCACCAUACUUAGAUUUAUCUGCAAACAUUUUAAAGCCUUCGUGACGUGUAUGCCAACAUUGACGUUACCAUGGCAAUUGAGUUUUACAGACACGUUUUUCCUCAUUUGAAAAAGGAAAAAAGUUUCAUUUGUACUUUCACUUAUUGAGUUGUUAUAUUACACUCAUUAUUUUAGCAUUAUUUGAUCAAAAUUUUUACAACUGUCAAAUGUAAUCCGAGAUUUUUGGUAACUAAUUUGACGAAAAACAUAAAUUCCGGCAAUUCAAUGUUCAUUUCUCUGGGAAUGCCAAAACUCGCAUAGUUUUUGUUUUCUCAGUAUUCUUUUAUGUGCAGAUAGAAUUUGUUGUUACGAUUACCUCGAUUUAUACGGGUUUAAAAUGAAAUAUAACAUAUUAAAUUGGUUUAAAAUGGUGGAUCAAAGAAGACGCAUGGUUCCAGUGUUUGUAACAAAAAGAACGUCAUAAUGACAUCACUGGUAAGGUUUAAGGUUACUAAUGGUUAGUCAACUUCUUGAUUUUAUUACACACCUUACUUAAGUAUUUUUUCGCUUUAUGGCUAUAGCUUGAGGGGAAUUUGGAUUCUGCCAAAAAAAAAUUUAAAAUAUGACCUGCCAAUGACGUUGAAUUUCAUUACAGGCCAGAGGAUCAUUUACAAUGGAUUUUAACCAAUGGAAUAUCAUCUGGAGUCUUUGCUUUGGCUUAUUGGCAGCUACAGUUAUUUCUGGGAACAUAGUCACUAUCACAAUAUUCCUUAAAAGGCAACUUCGUAAACGUGCUUAUUUCCUUCUCAUUAGUUUGGCAGUGGCAGAUCUCUUGGUAGGAUUGCUGGCAAUUCCCCUUUACAUUGCACUCCAGUACGUAUAUGACAACUUUGAAGACGACCAAAUCAUUGUUGCUGUCACUGAUUUCAUGGACAUGUUCACUGGCUUUACGUCCAUGUUUACUCUUGCCACAAUAUCAUUGGAGCGAAUGUAUGCUGUUGGUUGGCCUUUUCGUCACCGAACUCAGGGUUCGCGAUUCUAUAUCUUCGUCAUAUCAGUUCCAUGGAUCCUAUCGUUGGUUGCUGCAUCAACAGAGAUUGUUUUGCAGUACGUGCUGGUGAGACCACUAACUUUUACCUUCAUUCUCACUGUUAGUAUGUUUACACCAAUCAUAAUCACUUACACGGCUUACUUUUUUCUGUGGAAGAAAGAGAAAUCUCGAGUAAGUGUCUCCCAACAAAAUCAUCAGCUGCAAGACCGAAAGUUAGCCAAGACUGUGGCGUUAAUAACAGGUGCUUUCCUUUUGACAUGGCUUCCUCUUCAAAUUUCACUUGUGGUUAUCAAUUUCUGCAUUUCAUGUCGGCAACUAUCAACCGUGGCGAGGCAUUUCAUGAAACUACUCCAGUAUGGAAACUCAGCAAUCAAUGUCGUUAUGUAUGCUGUGAGAGACAAAGAUUACAGAAGAACUUUUGGUGUGAUGAUUUCUUCCUUGAACUGCCCUCGCCAAAGACGUCGUGAAGCACCCACGGUCGUCACGUUGACGACAUUUGCUGAUUUUAAUGCAAAUACUCCCGAAAGCUUUCAGCAAACUAACGAAGUUUCUGCCAUCGAGGACGAAGGAAUUCUUACUCCCCGGUGA